AUGGGUCGAAUAAGCGUGAUAUGUUUCUUCACAUUUCUGCAUGUGUGUAUAAGCCAAGUGGAUUCAUUGGAAUGCUAUGUGUGUGAAAAUCAGGAGGAUAAUACUGAGAAGUGUGUGAAAACUAUUAUGACCUGCGAAUAUAAUCAGGAUGUAUGCUUGACGGAAAUUAAGUGGGGAAGUACACCAUAUUGGUCCCAAGGAGCUAAAAAACAGUACUAUGUCUCUAAAAGAUGUUCAAAUAAGACUGAGUGCGCUAUAACAAGACAACAUUAUAUGCCUCUUUGUACUCAUAUCUGGUACCAAGAUUGGGUGUGUUCAGAUUGUUGUCAAGGCGAUCGCUGUAAUUAUUAUAUUAUUAAUGGAGAAGCAGCUACCAAGCCACUACUUAGAGUAUUACUCAGCUCUAUAGUUUUAAGUUUUAUUUGUAGUAUUUACUAA